AUGGGGUACCAACAACACCUAAACCCAUCCGAUUACUGGAUAACGUCUUCACCUGCUUCCAGCUUAACCCCAGUUGAGCCGUCUCGUGAUCCACAGUUCUAUUCCAGGUUUCCCUUGGCCUGCGUGGCGGUCUUCCUUUCGCUGAUACAACAUCCCGAAUGCCCCUCUGGCUUUUUCGAUGCGGGAGCGUAUGUCUACAUCCGUGCCACCGCCCGGGGCAACUUUGCUGCCGAGUUGCUACUGGUGCUGCUACUGCCGCUGGCGUUACUGUGGCUGUUGUUUCCUGAACUGCCAAUGGAUAGAGUACUCAAUGUUGCUCCAACAGCAACAGUUGGUAUUCAGUGCCGCCACCUCUGCUCAUCUGUUGCAAUUCAAUUGAUGGCCGAACAAAUGUGUUCUGAAGUGGAGCAGAUUGGCCAUUUAGGGCAAAAAGACACAGAUGCGAUGCUUGCGAUACCGCCGCAGCCAACCAUUGUUAUCGACAAAGUCAUACUGUUCGAAAGGCGUUCAAAGACCUUCAAAGUCGGCAACUUAAUGCACACGGCCAUGACCGCAUUGCAUUGGGCAGCUAAACAUGGGAACCAGGAUGUCGUCAAACUAAUAGCUGGCACGUACAAAGCAGACGUGAAUGCUAGAACGAAUGGCGGCUACACUCCCUUACAUGUAUCCAUGCAAUUUGGACGCAAUGAUGUUUUUGAGCUGCUCGUCAAUGUUUACAAAGCCAAUCGUGAUCUAGUGGACUGGAGUGGCAAUAAGCCAUUGGACUACAGCAAACAAAGCACCAGCGUUUCGCCAUCAACCUUCAGCAGUGAGUACUACAGUGAUUUCUAUGCGCAUGAAAUUGAGCCUUACAAUAACAACUGGGCGCGCUCGCUAUUGAAGGGUGCCAGCGGUGGCACUGUACGCAGCAAAAAAUACGCUUCGAAAGCCUACUCGACAAUGACACCCAGCAGUAAGACCAGCGUUUCGCGGGCGCAAUCAGUUAUGACAGCGACAGCGCCUACUUCACGGCAGCGUCCCAAAACGGCAAUGGCAAUGUCCUUAUUCUCACCCGAGCAAGAUCUUUCAAAGCGAUCUGAGGCAAUGUCGCCACCCGCAACACCACUAAAUGUGCAACUAAAUAAAAGCAAUGAUAGCCUAACGCCUGGUACACCAGCUCGUCGAGCUAGCGAUGAUGGCGUCUCGAUUUCUAGCGCUGGUAGUGCGAAAAGUGAGGAAAAUGGUGUUGACAUUGCAAUGAGCAAAUUUGCAGAGCAAAGUGCCAAAGAUACGCCAAAGAAAAGUACUCAACGUCGUAAAGAGAGUUUCUUGCGUAAAACGCUGCGUGCCGCCGUCGCUGGCAACCGAAAUACCAACGAGCAUGUGACUAAUCCAUCACUUUUCUGGCACCCUCCAAGCCAUUUGGGCAAAGUUAUAUUUUAUUUCUACUCUAACGAAAUCAAGGCAAAGAAAAAAGCAGCAGCCGAAAAAGAUUCCGGGUUCCUUCGGAUUGGUUCUUUGAAUGUCCGAGUGAAGAAGACAACAGAAGCGUUCAGCAACUUCUUGGGAGUGGGCAAUGCUCAUACGCUCUCUCACACAGGAGCAGCAAGUCGUCUUCACCAGCGAUCUCACCGACACCAUCCACAAGGUCAUCAUCAUCAUCAACUCGGUGGUACGACACGGAAUCCGAUGACGAAGACCAAACCAUUAGGGUUUGAAACUCUUGGCGGCAAAAGUAGUAAUAAAAGUAGUAACAAAAAGCUAAAUGUAUCCUCACGUGCAAGUGUUCCUGUCAACAUGAAUAGUCUAACAAGUAAUUUUGAAAACUUGCACAAAACUUGGGGCUCUGCUGAUAAUAUACAACACCACGAAGACAACCAAGGCGACAAGGCAAUUAUGCCACCUCCGAAGAAUAUGGAUGCGCUUGUGAAGAAAAGGCUAAAAUCUAUAACGACUCCAACAAUCCGCUCAUCGGUCACUUCGUCCGUGGUAACGGAUUCUCCACGUGAUUCCAUUUCAUCAUCGAAUUCCAGUUCGAAUUUAGUUUUUGGCUACAGCAGUAUGCCUACGACGCCGAGUCAAAAACGAGCACCUAUUGGGCGAACCCCAUCUGAUAUGCUAAUGGACUCAGACUCGGAUUCCGCCUGUGGCUUCGAUGCGAAUUGGGCAAUGAGUGGUCGGUCUUCGGUUAGCAGUGGCAAUUUGCAAGUUCCGCAAUGUUGAUAUAUUUGUAUAUUAAAAUGCUUAUGUACAUUUGAAGGAUAGGUAGGAAGGCUCAAUCAAAAAAUGGGAAUACACCCACUUUUAUUUUUAUUUUAGGUGCUUUAUGUGUAUUAUGAUCUAAUUAUAAAUACUACUUAAAUGUAUUACUAUGUAAAGCCAUGAAAAUAUAAAAAUUUC